GUCAAAUUUUCCACCACAGAGGAAAAACCCAGAAACAUUUUGUGCCACUUCCAUUGCCACUGUCACUUUCUCACUCAUCUUCAACUCUUCUCGCCGUCAAACGAUGUCUGGUCUCCUAAAUGUCGGACCUUCACCCAUUUUCCGGCUAUCUUCAACCCAAAGAACGACGGCAACAACCGGUAGACUUUCUCUUAGAAUAUCAUCAUCACUGGAUUCUAAUUCAAUCACCACAAAAGAUGAUCCAACUUCAGGAUUUUCAGCUUCAUCUCCAUCGUUUUCUCCGCCGCCCAAUUUCAAGCCUCCGAAGCCUAAGAGGUUCGCCGUCAGACCAGAUAAGAUUCUCGAUAUCAUGGGGGCUUCUCUAGCUUUGUUGUUUCGCCUUGGAACUGGUGCAUUAGUAUCUGGGUAUUCGGUAUCAUUUGUCCCCAAGAAUGAAAUUCCUUCUGAUAAGUAUGCACUUGAAUUUGCUGGUUUCAAGGUUAAAGAAACUUCGAAACUAGGUCCUCGCCCAGAGAAGCCUAUUGAGAUAUACGAGUUUGAAGGCUGCCCGUUUUGUAAAAAGGUUAGAGAAAUUGUCGCAGUAUUGGAUCUUGAUGUUCUCUAUUAUCCUUGCCCCCAAAAUGGUCCAAAUUUCCGUCCAAAGGCUAUUCAGAUGGGUGGAAAGAAGCAAUUCCCCUACAUGUUGGACCCAAACACAGGAGUGGCGAUGUACGAAUCAGAUGACAUAAUAAAAUACCUAGUUCAGAAAUAUGGUGAUGGAAACGUUCCCAUAAUGCUGUCUCUUGGUCUAUUAACUACCUUGACAGAAGGCUUUGCCUUGAUUCCUCGAAUGGGGAGGGGUAGUUCUUACACCCCAUCAAGAAUCCCACCAAAACCUAUUGAAAUUUGGGCAUAUGAGCCGUCUCCAUUCUGUAAAGUUGUGCGUGAAGUGCUGGUAGAGUUAGAGCUGCCUCAUCUACUAUACAGUUGUGCUCGUGGCAGCCCCAAAAGACAGGUUUUGUUUGAGAAAGUUGGACAUUUUCAGGCACCUUAUUUGGAAGAUCCAAACACUGGGGUGAAGAUGUUUGAGAGUGCUGAGAUUGUGGAAUAUCUUAAAGCUACUUAUGCUCUUUAACUUAAAUUAAUGUUUUUACUUUGUUUGUAUGUAUUUAUAGAGGAUUUUCUUCAACAUGAUUGAUUAUAUAGGGUUUAUGGCCAUUGAUACAAUGUAUAAUAUAAUUUUUUUCAUUUUUUGUUUU